UCUCAUUUUUUUUAUAUUUUCUUAUAUUUUUAUAGAAAAAUAAAGAGAAAAGUGAAUAUUUUAUAAAGUAUAAAAUUUCCUUAUUUUUUAAGUAUUUACUAUAGUGAUUACGACGACAUCUUCAUAGCGUCUACCAAUUUAUUGUGUUCAUCAUGGCUUCGACGGAAUCCUUAGUAUGCGAUACACUCGAUCUAAGUGGUCAAGGUUUAAAGAAGCUUCCUCGUUGUCCGUCUGAUGCAGAUAUUAGCACAUUGAUCAUUGACGAUAAUGAACUUCAGCGUCUUGAUAAUCUUGAUUCUUACCAUAGAAUUACCAAGCUAUCAAUAGUAAGAAAUCAAUUACUACGUAUGUAUGGAGUAUCAAAGUUACAUAAUCUUGUAACUCUUAAUCUAGCAAAUAAUGGUAUUUUAACCAUAGAAGGUAUAAAGGAUAUGAUAAAUUUACAUACACUUUGUUUAGCUGGUAAUAACAUAAAGUCUAUUGAACAUUUGCACACAAAUACUAAAUUGGAGCAUUUGGACUUGUCUGAAAAUAGUAUCAGUCAUAUCUCAGACAUAUCUUAUCUACGGAACUUAAAAGAAUUGUUUCUACAUAACAAUCGUAUAAUAACAUUAAGGCAAUGUGAACGCUAUUUACCUACUUCUUUAGAAACGUUUACAUUAGCAAAUAAUAACAUUACUGAUUUAAAUGAAAUGUCACAUUUAGCUAAUUUAAAAAAUUUAAUAAAUUUUUCAAUUGCUAAUAAUCCAUGUGUUAGUAUGACAGGUAAUAGUACUGGUUUUGAUUAUCGACCUUUUGUUAUCAAUUGGUGUAUGAGCUUGAAAUCAAUUGAUGGCUAUCCUGUUGAUCCUAUUGAAAGUUUAAAAGCAGAGUGGCUAUAUUCUCAGGGACGUGGUAGACAAUUCCGUGUUGGCGAACAUGCAUUGCUUGCACAGUAUUUAGCAUCAGUUUGCCCACUUUCUGGUGAAUCCUUAGAAAAUGAAACAGACAGGAAGCUAAGGCUGAUUUUAAGUAAAGCACAACAUCAUCAACAACAAUUAAAUCAACAAAGCGAUACUGGAAGUGUGCACAGCUUAAGUAGCGUCGGAAUGAGUCCUUCUCCAGCCACUAGGCGUAGACUUAGUCAUAACAGGACAGGUUCUCCUAGACGUGCCAGUUCAUCAAGAAAUUCAUUAAGAAUAAGAUCACCAGAUAGAAUGGUAUCUAGUUGUCAUACUGAUACUAUAGCUUCUUCAUGCCAUACAUUAUUACCUGAAGAUCAAGAAUCCUUAAUGACUCAAAGUUUGGAUCCAAAUAUGCUUUGCAAUACUUUAAACAAUAAAGCAUCAAAUAUUGUUGAUACAGAAGAAACAUCAAGUCCUUUGCAAGCUGCAACAAAACUAGUACCAGUUCCAGAAUCUUUAAUGAGUCCAGAUUUUCGUCCACCAUCUGGUCUUUCUCGAGUUUUAGCAAAAACUCCACCAAGUAAAUUAACAUCACCAUGUCAAAUUACAGUGCCAAACAAACCUACUUGUGAUGGAGAUAGUAAAGCAAUUCCUAUAAUAAAUACAGUAAAUCCAAUGGCAAAAACAAAUCUUACUUCUAUUAAAGCAAAUACACUUGUAAAAAGUAAUUCAGCAACAAAUUGUACUACUGGAAAACCAAAUAUUGCUAAACCUAUUAUUACAAAUACUAGUAAUAAAUGUCCCCAUAGUGUGAAAAUUAAUAACUAUGUUCAAAGCAAAACAUUGUCUGCCAAACGAAAUACAAAAAAUUCACCAAAUUUAGGCAGAAAUAUACAAAGACCAAAGAGUACAAAUGAUAAAAUUAAAAGCAAUGUUAUUAAAAAAAAUGGAGAUGGAGAUGCUGAUAAUGCUACUCAAAGUAGUGAUGAAGAUAGCGAAGUAUGUCAAGCAAAAUUAGAUAGUAUUCGACAUAGAGCUAUUCAACGAAGACAAGAAGACAAUAAAGAUCAAGAUGAAGCUGAAAAAGCAGCAAUAUGUAUUCAAAGAAUGUGGAGAGGAUAUCAUACAAGAAAUCUUAAUAAAAAAGCAACUACUAUACUGAAAACUAUUGAAAUGAUAAGAACAAAUAAGUAUAUUCAGAAACUAACUACUGAUAUGGAAGCCACUAGAACUGCUUUAGAAAGUGAACAUAAGUUACAGUUAUUGCAAAUGCAAGCAAUUAAUGCAUUGUGGAAAAAAGUUGUUAGUCUCCAACCUAAUUCUACAAAUAAUGACAAUGAAAAUAUUGCACAAAAUGUAGAUGUUGUAACUAAUUUAACACAAACAUGUAAUUUAUUGCAUAGUCAGGUUCAACAAUUACAAGAUUCUAUGUCAGAAAUUAAACGAUGUAUGUCAAGUAUGCAAUCAAAAUCCAAUCUUAUUGAUAAUGGUGUUGCAACUCAAACAGAAAUCUCAGCUGUUCAUACUCCGGCAGGCGAAGAAAAUUUGUUUCCUUACGCUCGUCCACAUAGACCACAAACAUUGCCAAUUCAUCAAACAAUUCAUGAAGGAAAUGAAAAUAAAAGUUUUGCAUCUAAUUUGAUUGAUAGUGUUUUAAAAAAAGUAUCUCAAUCCACUGAUACGACAGAUGAUGAAGUUAAUACUGACAUUCUAAACUCUAAUGAAAAUCCCGAAGUAUUAAAUUCAAAUGAUCAUCCUGAUAUGUUUAAAAGUUGUGAAGAGAUUAUAGAACCUGAUUUCAAGGAUGUAGUAGAACAUGAUGUAAAAAAUGAAUAUGAUGUAAUUGAUAAUGCUGUUAUAAAUGGUGAAGUUUGUGAAGAAACAUUAUGUAAAGAAUUGCACAAUUUAAUUGAAACAGAAAUUACAACAGAAAAUUGUAUGAACUUGAAAAAGGAAAAUAAUUCAGAAGAAAUUGAGAAGGAGUAACUUUAACUUGAAAAAACAUAUAGAAAAUAAUAAGAAAAAGAAUGAAGGUGCAAACUUAAAAGCCUUGAACAAAAAUAAUAAGAAACAAACAUAAAUUCUAAUAAAUAAUCUAAUGUAUGAAUGAAUGAAUUAAUCUGAGAAAACAUAUAGAAAAUAAUAACAAAAAGAAUGAAGAUGUAAAGUUAAAAGCCUUGAACAAAAGUAAUAAGAAACAAACAUAAAUUUCAAUGAAUAAUCUAACGUAUGAAUGAAUGACAUUAAUACAUUUUUAGCUAAAAAUAUUCAUUGUACAUAAGUUCAAAAACUAGUCUUAAUUAUAUUCAGAUUCCAAAAUUUAAUGCUUUUAAUUAUAUUGUAUCUAUAAUAUUUUAAAAUCAAACUCAUCAAAGUUCAAAAGAUUAUCAUACAAUAUAUUUAAAAAGAAAAAAUACCAAAGAUAUAGUUUUAAAUAAUUAUUUUAUUAAGUUAAUUUAUUAUGUACAUCGUGGUCAUUAAAGCAAUUUUGAAAUUUUUCCGUCCACAUAUCUGGCUUUUGAAAAAUUUAUCGAUGUACAAAAUGUAUUAAGAAUGUCUUACAAAAAGCUUUGCCCCUUCUUUAAAAUAUCAUAAAAAUAUUACUGUACAGAAAAAAUGAUGUAUUUAAUGUCGUGAAUUCCAAUUUCAGAAUUCGUCAAUUCUCAGAUUGAAAUAUUUAUAAGCACACAAAUAAGAAUUUUGAUAUAUGAUGCAUUCCUUAAUAUUGCAGAAUAUUUUUAAGUUUUGCUAAGAAAUUUCUUGGAUAAUAUUACCUAGAUAAUUAUUGUUUUGUAUGUAUUUAUUUUUUUAUUUAUUUAUUUAUUUAAAAGUAUAAAUUCUAAAAAGAAUCAAUGUUACUCUAAAAUGUAAGUAAUAAUGAAAACAUUUUUAAUCUAGUCAUUACAAAAACUACAUAUAAUUGCUGUAGAUAUUAACUAAACUUGUUACAUAGAUAAACAGUGUUAUUAAAACAAAUAAAAUCUUUCAACGAAAACGAAUUAAUUGUUAAAAAAUGAAUUUUUGUUUAUGACAAAGAACGCUACAAAAAUUUGUUUAUAUGUAUAUUAAUUAAGUUUUAUUAUUAAAAACAUUUCCAUAAAAUAAAUCAUAUUGUAAGAAUAUUAUUACAAUGAAAGAAACUAUAUGUGAGCUCUUACUAAAACUGUCUUAAAAUUUAUUUUGCGUGACUUACUAUGUCACAUAAGACAUUCGAUGCUCAGAAUUGUUAAGAACUAAAUAUAAAUGUUAAAUAAAUAAGUCGUACACAUGAAUAGAUGUUUGUAAUAAUAUUUAAUCUUUUAUAUA